UCGCGAACGAGAAGCAGCAUCAAAAAGUCGAAACCACCAAGUCCCAGCACCCGGAUGGGGAUUUCACGUACCUAGUUCAUUGUUCCUCAGGCUACGCGAUAGCUAAUAUCGAGUAUUCCUAGCUAUCCACAAGCAUCUCAUUUUCCGCGUCAUACGCCUUAAUUUGACUUGGAAUCCCCGCUCGCCUGGCAACGGCGGGUGGGUGCGAUUUGAGGAGAGACCAUGGGGAAACUAAUUCGGCUCGAGCUCUUCAAUUUCAAAUCGUACAAAGGGCAUCAUACUCUGCUUUUCGGCGAUGCCUUCUUCACGUCCAUUAUUGGGCCUAAUGGCUCGGGGAAAUCGAAUUCGAUGGAUGCGAUUUCGUUUGUUUUAGGAAUCAAGUCAUCCCACCUUCGUUCAACGCAUCUGCGCGACUUGGUAUACCGUGGGCGCGUGCUUCGUACAUCGACCAUCAAUGACGAUGGCUCCGCCUCGAAGAAUGUCCAGAAUGGCGUGAACGGUGAUGGCGACGUGGAACCGUCACAGGAACCCGCUGAACGAAAUGACCCAAAAGUCGCAUGGGUCAUGGCCGUGUAUGAAGAUGACGCAGGAGAAGAGCAGCAUUGGAAACGAUCAAUUACAAGCCAAGGAGUGAGCGAGUAUCGCAUCAACAAUCGCGUUGUAACCGCACAGCAAUACAACCAGUCACUCGAAGAUGAAAAUAUUUUGAUCAAGGCUCGCAAUUUCUUGGUGUUCCAAGGAGACGUGGAGUCCAUUGCUUCUCAAUCACCAAGGGACCUGACCCGCUUGAUAGAGCAAAUUUCCGGAAGUCUCGAAUACAAGGCAGAGUACGAAAGACUUAAGGCGGAGCAGGAAGAAACAGCGGAAAUCCAAAAUGCGCAGUUGAACCGACGGAGAGGUAUCAACUCCGAAAUCAAGCAGUAUCAGGAACAGAAGAGAGAAGCGGAAAAUUAUGCAAGGAAAGCGGACGAACGCGAUCAAGCGAUUAUUACACACAUCCUUUGGAAACUCUUCCACUUCCAGCGCUUAAUUGAGGAGUCAAGUGCCGAGAUCCAGAAGCACCAAGACGAGCUGGAGGAAUUCCGACGUGGCGUAGAAAAAUACGAAAAGAACCUUGAGGAAGCCAAAAAAGAUCAUGCUCGCGCCGGAAGGAACGUGGCGAAAGUGGAAAAGAGCAUUAACUCCAAGGAAAAAGAUAUCGAAGAUACGACGAAUUCGUUAGUUCCUGUCGACGAAAAAAUUGAAAUCUCGAAACAGAAAGUGGCGAGGUACGCCACCCGGAUUUCCGAAAUCGAGAAGGAAAGCGAUGCGCAAUCGAAAACCGUCAAGCAACUCGAAAAGGCCCUUAAAGUUGUCGAAAAAGCUCAAUCUCAGUGGGAGGAUGAGUGGAAGAAAACAGCAAGCAAGAGAGGAAUCCAACUCAGCGAUUCCGAUCUUCACGAAUAUAACAAGCUCAAGGAAGACGUAAAUAAGCGUUCCUCUGCUGCCCAAAUAAAACUCACAAAUUUAAAGCGCCAGAGAAAAGCCGAUGCCGAGACUGUUAACAGUUUAAAGAGCAAUUUCGAAAGUACAGAGUGGCAGGUCAAAAAUCUCCAGUCUGAUGUAAAUAAUAUGUUGGAUCGCAAAUCCAGUAUGGCAGAGGCCAUUGAGUCUACAUCUAAGGAAAUUGCUCAGAAGAAAAAAGAACUUAAUAAUCUUACUUCUGAACGGCUUCGGGUAGCACAGAUGCGGACCGAACUCGAGGAGAAACUUCAAGUUACUUUGAAGAAGCUCCUCGAGGCAGACGAUGGCCGAAAGCAAAGCGAGAAGGAGUUGCGUACCAAGGAGCUAAUAUCAACCUUGAAGCGCAUAUUUCCUGGGGUCAAGGGUCGGGUUAGCGAGCUUUGCAAGCCCAAACAGAAGAAAUAUCAAGACGCCGUCAGCACCGUCCUAGGCCGGCAUUUCGACUCCAUCGUAGUGGACAACGAGAAGACGGCCAAGGAAUGUAUCCAGCAUCUCCGGGACCAAAGAGCAGGCCAAGCAACCUUCAUCCCACUCGAGACCAUCCAAGUGAAAGCUUUCAAUUCAAGCCUGAAAGGCAUGCACCGGGGAAUGCGACCAGCCAUCGAAACGGUCGACUAUGAUAAUUCCGUCUCCCGCGCUAUUACAUAUGCCUGCGGCAAUGCGAUCGUUUGUGAUGAUUUAGCCACGGCGAAGUAUCUUUGCUAUGAGAGAGGAGUCGAUGCCAAAGCAGUCACGCUUGAUGGGACGGUUAUCCACAAGGGUGGUCUCAUGACUGGUGGACGCGGCCCGGGCCAUCAGCAAUCCAAACGCUGGGAAGAUACUGAUAUCACCAACUUGCAUAAACUAAAAGAGAAACUUAUUGCGGACCUGGGCAAUCUCCCCAAAGCUCACCGCAAAGGUGCAGAGGAAGAAAGUCUUCAGGGACAGCUUACAGGUCUGGAGCAACGUCUGGCGUACUCUCGGGAUGAACUAAAAGCUUUGGACAGAAAUAUUGAAAGCAGGUCCGGCGAAGUCGACUUCUCCAAACGUCAAAUGAAGAGUGUCCAGCCAAAAUACCUUGAGAAGAAACGUGCCCUAGAAGAACUGGAUGAAUCUAUUGCGGAAGCCCAAAGCUCAGUUAGCGGGGUUGAAGAUGAAGUCUACCGAGCCUUCUGCCGUCGUCUGGGUUACAGCAACAUCAGAGAAUACGAAGCCCAGCAAGGGUCGCUGCAACAGGAAGCCGCAGAGAAGAAACUUGAGUUUACUACCCAAAAGAGUAAGAUUGAGAACCAGCUCAGUUUCGAGAAGCAGCGGCUGCAGGCGACCGACGACCGUAUCGAAGGACUCCGCUCGCAGGCAGAGCGAGAUCGAGCUCUCAUCUCUGAACUUGAAGCUGAGCGCAAAACCAUCAAGGAUCGUCUUGAUACGCUCAACGCAGAACUCGAGUUACUAGGCGAAGAACUCGCGGAGCAACAGGAAGCCUACUCACAAUCCGCAGAAAACCUGGCCGCUCAGCGUCAAGAGGUUCAGAAACGUUCCAGGAAUGUUGAGGCUACGCUCAAAGCGAUCAGUUCACUGGAUGGCGAGAGACAGCGGCAUGCUUCCGGUAGGUAUGCGCUUUUGCGCCGCUGCAAGUUGGAAGAUAUCGAUAUUCCUCUUGAAAAGGGCUCAGCUCCACUGUCUACCCUGCCUAUUGAUGACCUAGUCCAAAAUGAUGAGGAUGCGAUGGACGUAGACGAGGAUCCCAACGUAGGGAGCAUCCAAGCUUCUGCUAUACACGACUAUGGCAUCGAAGUUGAAUUCGAAAGCUUGGGUGACUCGCUGAAGGAGGAUUCGGAUGACAAGAUCGAUGAGGAGCUUCAGGACCGGGUCAAAUCACUUAACAGCGAGCUCGACAAAAUGGCACCGAACAUGCGGGCGAUGGAGCGCCUGGAAGGCGUCGAGAACAAGCUUCGGAGUACGGAGAAGGACUUUGAAGACGCCAGGAAACGGGCCCGGAAGGCCAAGGAAGACUUCGAGGCCGUAAUGCGGAAACGCUCAGAGCUUUUCAACAAAGCAUUCACGCAUAUCUCGGAGCAGAUCGAGCCCAUAUAUCGCGAUCUAACAAAGACGGCUAGUUAUCCCAUGGGCGGGAAAGCUUAUCUCGACAUCGAAGAUUCCGAGGAACCCUAUCUUGAUGGUAUCAAAUACCAUGCGAUGCCGCCCCUCAAACGGUUCAGAGACAUGGAGCACCUCUCUGGUGGAGAAAAAACCAUGGCUGCCCUGGCAUUGCUUUUCGCCGUACACUCCUACCAACCCUCACCCUUCUUCGUGCUGGACGAAGUUGAUGCGGCCCUCGACAACACUAACGUAGCACGGGUUGCCAACUAUAUCCGCGACCAUGCUGCACCCGGUAUGCAGUUUAUCGUCAUCAGCUUGAAGACGGGCCUCUUCCAGAACAGCGAGGCGUUGGUAGGAAUUUACAGAGACCAGGCUGCGAAUAGUAGCAAGUGUUUGACGCUCGAUCUUCGGAAAUAUAGAUGAUGUCCUUCGCUGUUUUCUUUAUUUAGCUGAUUCUCUCAAUUUUCGUUUCAGCCUGUCCGUUUUGCUCCGCGAUCCGCUGGAAUGACGUUAUUUCUUUUUCCAGCCAAUGACAGCCAGCUUCGCUUCUAUUUCAUCUAGGUGGACAACAACCAUUAUCAGGCCUUUUCUAAGUUUUCUUUGAAGAUGCGUGGAUGUAUGAAAUAUUGUUUCUUUUUGAUAAUGAGCACGAUGGUAGGGUCGCUAUGUUAACGAUACGUAUCGGGCGUUGCUAUUCUUCUUCUGUGACGCUGUGCAAUCUUAGCAACUUUCCACCGUACCUAGUAAAAUUCAUGUAACUUCAGUUCCAUACAUAUUCUUUUUAUCACUUAUGAUUACGCCUGAUACUAAAUCUACGAGAAAGUAUGUAAUUUGAACAUAUUCCAAAAAAAAAACAAAGUAAUAAAUUAAUUAAGUAAAUAGGGACACUCAGAUACAUGACAGUGCUUUUCAAAGCAGAACAGCUUUUGCA